AUGCAAACUUUACACUCGGUAAAAUCUAGACAACAAUGGACUUUAAAUGAAAAAAAAUUUGCUCUUUCUUUGUUUUAUAAAUCACCGACUACAUACUCAUUUUUGAAAAAUAAAUUACAAGUUAUUCUCCCAGGAGUUUCAACUAUUAAAAGAUGGAUUGGUAGUUCAAAAUUUUUACCUGGAUAUAAUUCUAAUCUUUUUAAUCAAAUUAAAUUAAAAACCGAAACAUUAACAGGGUUUGAAGAUUUAGGACAUUUAGGUAGGACAAAUAAACCAGCUUCUCAAGCAUUGGCAUUUAUGGCAAGAGGGCUGUACUCUAAUUGGAAACUACCUGUAGCUUAUUUUUUUAGUGCUUCUUCUUUGAGCCAUUCAGUAUUAAAUAAAUUAAUAAUUAGUACCGUUGAAAAACUUUUGGAAGUGGGUCUUCAUGUAAAAGCAGUUGUGUGUGAUCAGGGUGAUUUUUUAUUUAAUGACAAACUUGUUUCUUUUAAAGACAUUAUAAAAACUUAUACAAUAGAUAAAAAUAGUAACACAAGUAAAUCUUUAACUAAAUUAACUGAUUCUCAUAUAAAUCCGGGGCCAUUCCAAAAAAUGAAUUGCAAAUUGGCAUUUCAAAUUUUUAGCAAUUCUGUAGCCGCCACAAUUCACACUUGUGUGGCUACAGGAGAGUUGAAAUCAAACACACCUAAAGAUACUGCAAUAUUUGUAAAACAUAUGAAUGACUUAUUAGAUACUUUAAAUAGCAAUUCUUUAUUUGAUAAAAAUCCAUUAAAAAGUGCUUUGUCAGAAAAUAAAGUGUUGCAGUUCUUAAAUCUAGCUAAAAAAUGGAACCUAAAUUUACAAAAAAAAUACAAAUCACUCGUCCACCAUGUUUUAAUGGUAUGGUUUGGACCUUAA